AGUAAAACUGUUGUGAGCAGUAAGUAAAUCAGUUAGUGCUCAUGCGCUUACUUUGAAAUGCAGACGCUUAGAAAGUUGGGGAAAGCAUGAUGAAUACGUAUUUUUUCCUACAUGCGAAUUCCUUUUAAAAAUAUGCGUGUGAACUAGAAGUAUUUACUCAAUCCAGUAUCCUGCUGAAAUGCACAGGCAAGCAGAAAACAACCUACUCAAGUACCUAAAAUAUAGAAGUGAUAUUGUGGGUGUUACUAUAACUGGUAUGGAAAUGGCGGAUGAGUUUCCAACUCCAUCAAAUGUAGAUCCAGUUGAAUUGCAAAAAAACAUACAAUUUAACUUAAACACAAACCCCAAAGCCAAGGAGAAAUAUGUCCCUCCAUUACUGGAACCUCUGCCAUGUUUGAAGCAACACCAAGAAAAGAUUGCAGCACAGUACUACAUUUGUGAUAAAGUCCAAGUAGCUGAAGGGGCUACAAAAUUGGUGAAAACAAGUUCAACUCAUUUGCCUCCUAUUGACAUAGCUGAAGCUGAUACCGAUUUACCAGUUGCUUUAAGAGGGAGGAAACGAACUCACCGUAUGAAAUCGCUCUUUCCUGAAUCAUAUGCCAAAGAUUUGCUUAAAUUUAAGAAGUUUGGCAAAGUUGAAACAAAUGUUUAUAGAGGUAUGAGAGAUAUGAAUGAAGUAAUCAAGUGUCUUUGUGCUAAUAAGGAUAAAAGUAUUGGUUUCUUUUAUUUGGCACACUGUGUUCCAAAGACAUCCCCAUAUUACCAUUAUUACAAUCUCAAAGUUGUCCAUUAUGUUGAUAUUGACCGAAAUAAUUACUCCACCAUUAGCACUCGUGGUGUUAUGAAAUAUUUGGCAAACAAUGAACCGGAAUUCACUGAACUUGAUGAGUGGCAGCAAGAUUAUAUCAAUUUUUCCAAAAUUAGAAAGACUCGCUUUUUUGCUCAAUUUCAAAUGUGGAAACCAUUCAAGUUAUGGCACAAGAACAUCCGACAGAUGAAAUUCAAGACUAGUGAAAACUUUUUGAGAGAAAAUUUAUAUAUGCUGAAUCCUAUGCUGACUGCGACCAUUUUAAAAAUAAAAGAGAUGUGUGACAAAGUCAGUCAAAUGAGGUUAUGUAAAAUCGAAGAGGACAAAACAUAUGCAGCUUCCCAAUUUUAUGAAGCUCAAUGUGAACAAUCAAAAAUUAUUGUAACACACACACAAACAUUUCGGGACAUUGUCAAAAAUAUUGCAAGAAUUGCUUGUCGGAAUGCAAUGCUAAAAGAUGGCUUUGUGCCAGAUGACUGUCACCAAAAUGCUGAUGGCCAUACUUCAUUGACAGUACCUGGAGUUAAACCAAAGAAAAAUAAAUAUGCUGUUUGCCAAAGACUCACAAGUUUCAUUCGCUAUCUUGAUUAUAUCAUUGUUUCUGCUUUACGUCAACUUGUUAUUGAUGCUGUACGGAAUUUACUUGUCUAUUUUACUGAAUUAUUGAACAAUGCUCCUAGUUUUUCAAGGAUAAUUACAAGAAAAACUGACUUUAACCCCGAGUCUCUUGAUAUAGUUAUUGUAGAGGCAGAUGAUGAGAGUAAGGUAUUAAAUCCCCUGUUUAGAACUGACUUACUUCUUAAAAUCGACCGAAUUGCAUUUCAACCAGAUGUGAAAGGUUUCCGUGACCUAAUGAAUCAAAUCUUUAUAAGAUAUCAGCAGACAGCUUUGUCAGUGCCAAAUUUACUACCUGAUGACUAUUUCAAUGCUUUUACUCGACCAAUAGCUUAUCACAGUAUCACAGAAAAAACCUGUGGAGAAGGUCCAAACUUGGGUAUCAUAUUUGAAGAAGAUAGAAUCUUGCAAAAUUUGAAAACUGGCAUCCUGGAUGCACUAGAAAGUGGUUUCAACAAUGCAAUUCAGUAUGUUAAUCUCCUCCUUCCUUGUCAGAGAUUUUAUCAAGAAAAUGAAAGUAUGAACCCAGAGCAUCUUAAAGCUCCAAAACUAGAUGUUGACUUUUAUGAGAUUGCUCUCAAUCGUUAUAAGCGACAAACUUCCUUGACGAAUAAUAUCCAGGUGAAAAUGAACACUGGCGUUUUACUGGUUGAUGCAACAAACAUGAAGAGUCUUCUCAUACCAUCGACUGUGACGCUAUUGAAUAUUGUUCAUGAUAACUUUAUCAGUGUUGCCAAUGUAGAGACGAAUCGUCUUAUGCACAUAAUCACCGAUUCCAAGUUCCAGUUAGAACUAAUUCCCUUGACAACAGCAGAAUGUGCCAAACAUUUGACGUUUCUUGAUAAAAUACAAGAAAAUGUAGAAACACUGGCUGUUGAACUUCAAGUAGUUAAUCGAAUAUAUGAUAUUAUAACACUGUACAACGUCCCAAUAUCUCCUGAGAUUCUUGCUGUUUACCAGAUCUUGGAACCAUCAUUUGAUGCUUUCCGAAACACUGUAGACAAAGCUUUAUAUGAAAGAGACUAUUUCAUCAACUGUUUGAAAAAUUUCAUUAAUCAUGACAUCAAAGAUCUAAGGAAAGAAGUCACAGAAAUAAAGCAAGAAGCAAUGAAUCCUAAAAUCCUGGACAUAAACUCCAAUAAAAAUCAAGUUAUGCAACUACUAAAGAAAUUUAUAUCAUCAAUGAAUAAAAUAGUAACAGAUUCUGAAACAUUUCAAGCAUAUCAAAAAGAUUUCAAGAUUGAGGUAACAGACUUUGAUGACCUUGAUGAACUAAACCAAGAAUUACUAAUGAAGCAGAAACUAUGGACUGCAAUGGAAGAUUGGGACACUUUAACAGCAAAAGCCAUGGUUUGUCCUUUUGAUUCCCUUGAUCAUGAAGAGCUGCAAAAAAAUACUCUGUCGUAUUUAAAAACUUGCAAUAUAAUGCAAAAAUCUUUGCCUCCGAAUAACAUUGUUGGUGCAUUGAAAGAGAAGGUGGAAGACAUGAAAGAGAAGCUUCCUGUAAUAAUGAACUUACAUAACCCUGCUUUGAGAGCUCGACACUGGGAGCAAAUUCAAAGAGUUCUUGGCUUCUCUAUUACGCCAGAAGACCCAUUAAACUUGGGAAAACUAAUCGAGUGGAACUCUUUUGAAUUUUUGGACGAAAUUCAAGAUAUAUCUAGCCAAGCAAGUUCUGAGAAUGGUCUUGAGAUCAUUCUAAAGAAGGUUGAAAAUUCAUGGAAGAAAAUUGAAUUCCUUGUUUUGCCAUAUAAAGAUUAUGCCGACACGUUUAUACUGGGAGGAACUGAUGACAUCCAGCAAAUUCUUGAUGACAGUAUAAUUAACAUUUCUACCAUUGCAAGUUCACGCUAUGUUGGUCCCAUCAAAUCUCGUGUAGAGGAAUGGCAAGUAGACUUGGAACUUGUUGGAAAGACUCUGGAUGCAUGGCUUCUGUGCCAGAAAAUGUGGCUUUAUCUGGAAAGUAUUUUUAGUGCCCCUGAUAUCAUACGUCAGCUUCCGAGUGAAGGCAAAAUGUUCCGACAAGUUGACAAAAGUUUCAAAGACAUAAUGAGAAAACUACUUAAAAGACCCCGAGCUUUAAGAGCAUGUUUACAGCCAGGUUUGCUUGAGGCAUUACAGAAUAACAAUGCUUUGUUAAAUUCUAUACAGAAAUGUCUUGAAACAUAUCUGGAAGUGAAACGGUUGAGUUUCCCAAGAUUUUAUUUCCUUUCUAAUGAUGAGUUAUUGGAAAUUCUUGCUCAAACACGGAAUCCUCUUGCUGUUCAGCCACAUAUGAAAAAAUGCUUUGAUGCCAUAAAUUUACUGGAUUUUGGAGAAAAAGACAAGGAUUUAGAAGAUAUCCAAGCACAUGCUGAAACUAUGAAGACAAUCUAUGCUAUGAUAUCACCUGAAGGUGAAAUUGUCAGUCUUGGUAGGGACUUGAAGACACGUGGAAACGUUGAAGAUUGGCUUGGUAAAGUUGAAGAAGCAAUGUUUGCUAGCAUACGACAAUUGGUUAAACGAGCUGUCUUGGAUCAUGAUGAAACAGAAUACAAAACGUGGCUAUUUUCCUUCCCAAAUCAGGUGAUACUUACAGUGUCUAUGGUGAUGUGGUGUCGAGAUGCACAUCUUUGUUUGGAAAGUGAAGAUAACUGUCUUGAGAUGAUGGGAAUAUUUGAACAAAAGUGCUUCAAUGAUUUGAACCAGCUUGCUGCUCUUGUGAGUGGGAAACUAUCAAAACUGAACAGGGCUACAGUGUGUGCUCUAAUUACCACAAAAGUUAAUGCUCGGGAUAUUAUCUCUGAAUUAGUUAAGAAACAGGUUGACAGUAUUGAGAGCUUUGAUUGGCAGAAACAACUCCGCUAUUAUUGGGAUACCACCACAGACAUGUGUAUUAUCCAUAUGUCUAAUUCCGAUUAUUUCUAUGGUUACGAGUACCUUGGGGCUUCUCCAAGACUUGUUAUAACACCCUUAACGAAUCGUUGUUAUCUGUGUCUAAUGGGUGCAUUACAACUUGACCUUGGCGGUGCACCUGCUGGUCCAGCAGGAACAGGCAAAACUGAAACGACAAAGGAUUUAGCCAAAGCUUUGGCUAAACAGUGUGUUGUCUUCAACUGUUCAGAUGGUUUAGAUUAUAAGAUGAUGGGUCGUUUCUUCUCCGGACUUGCACAAACUGGAGCUUGGUGUUGCUUUGAUGAGUUUAACCGCAUUGAUACUGAAGUGUUGUCUGUUAUUGCUCAACAACUUAUUACCAUUAGGAAUGCCAAAGUUGCAAAGGUUUCCCGAUUCAUCUUUGAAGGCCAUGAUAUCAAAUUGAUCAGAACCUGUGCUGCAUUCAUCACAAUGAAUCCAGGCUAUGCUGGUCGUACUGAACUGCCAGAUAACCUAAAAGCUCUUUUUAGACCUUUUGCUAUGAUGGUGCCAGACUAUUGUCUGAUAGCUGAAGUGAUCUUGUAUUCUGAGGGAUUUGAAUCCUCAAAGCUGUUGGCUCAAAAGAUGACACAAAUGUACAAACUGUGUAGUGAGCAACUCUCACAGCAAGAUCAUUAUGACUUUGGGAUGAGAGCCAUUAAAUCAAUUUUGGUUAUGGCUGGCUCUCUUAAGCAGCAGAAUCCAGGUCAAGACGAGGAUAGUUUACUUAUCAGAGCUCUUCACGACAGUAACAUUCCAAAGUUUUUGAAGGAAGAUGCUAUACUAUUCCAGUCAAUUCUUCAAGAUCUUUUUCCUGGAAUUACGGUUUCUGAACCUGAUUAUGGUGUUUUAGAAAGAGAAAUAAUAAAAGCAGCUGAAGCGAAAAAGUUAAUGGUUGUUCCAACUCAGAUCCUGAAAGUUAUUCAGUUGUAUGACACCAUGCUUGUUCGCCACGGAGUCAUGCUGGUUGGACCAACUGGAGGAGGUAAAACAACCGUUUACAAAGUGUUGGCUGAUGCAUUGGGCAAUUUGCAUGCUCUUGGAGAGGAUAUGCCUUUCUACCAACCAGUCAUUUGUUACAUUCUUAACCCCAAAUCUAUCUCAAUGGAAGAGUUGUAUGGAGGAAUAAACCGACUUACUUUAGAAUGGCAUGAUGGACUAAUGGCCAUUGUUAUUAGAAUAGCUGUUGCAGACACAAGCCCGAAACACCAGUGGGUUAUCUCUGAUGGUCCUGUUGAUGCCCUCUGGAUAGAAAACAUGAAUACUGUUCUUGAUGACAAUAAAAUGCUUUGCCUGGCAAACAGUGAAAGAAUCAAGUUAACACCUUAUAUCCACAUGUUGUUUGAAGUUGAAGAUCUUGCAGUUGCCUCUCCUGCAACUGUUAGUCGUUGUGGUAUGGUGUACAUUGAUCCUGGAGGACUUCAAUGGUUUCCUUAUGUAGAAAAAUGGAUGAAGAAAUGGGAAAGCCUCUUGAAAGAAACAACCAAAGAAUUUCUACUUAACCUUUUCCGUGAAUAUGUGGACAAAGGUUUUGAAUUUGUGAGAAGAAAUUGUGGUCAAACUAUAAAUCAGGUGAACAUUUCAAAAGUUACUACUUUAUGCAAACUUUACGAGUCACUGGUGUUUUCCGAGCAGUCUAAGAAGUACAUUAACUUUGAUGCGAGCACUAACCAACUAAAUUCGACUUUGUGCACAACUUUUAUGUUUUGUUAUGUUUGGGCCAUUGGCGGAAACAUUCUUGAAUCCAAGUGGGAUGCAUUUGAUACCUUCACGAAGAAUAUGUUUGAUAGCAAUCCCUUUGCUAAGGUCCCUACUGUUUGUGAUAUCUGGAGUGUAUUUAUGGAUUUUCCAUCAAACCGACUGGAACUUUGGGAAAUGGCUGUGCCCCAUUUUAUCUACAACAAAACCAUUCCUUUUUUUAAUAUAUUUGUACCUUCAGUGGAUACACUGAGGUAUGGAUAUUUACUCGAGAAGUUAUUGGAUGUGGAUCAAUCAGUUCUCUAUAUUGGUAGCUCUGGUGUUGGGAAGUCAAUGAUUGCUAACCGACAGAUAACUCAAUUGGCAGAUACUAAAAGUUAUGUUCCUGUGUUCAUCAAUUUCUCAGCACAAACUAGCAGCAAGCAGACACAAGACAUCAUAGAAUCAAAACUGGAAAAAAGACGAAAAAAUGUUAUUGGUGCUCCAAAAGAGAAGCGUGUGAUUAUUUUUAUUGAUGAUAUUAACAUGCCUAAACUGGAUACUUAUGGUUCUCAACCACCUAUUGAACUUCUGAGGCAAUAUCAAGAUUUUAAGGGAUUUUAUGAACGAAACAAAUUCACUUGGCUUGAUAUAGAGGAUGUGACCUUGUCAGCUGCUUGUGCACCUCCUGGUGGUGGUCGAAAUGCUAUCACACCAAGACUUGUCCGUCAUUUCAGUGUUUUCAACAUACCCCCUCCUGCGGAACAUAGUCUCAAGUUAAUGUUUACUGCUAUUCUUAGCGGUUUCUUUAUUGAGUUCCCACAAGCCAUCCAGCACUGCGUUGAGUCGAUUGUCUGCGCAGCUGUGGAGAUUUAUUGCAGCAUGAAAUCCGACCUCCUUCCAACACCAACUAAAUCACAUUAUCUGUUUAAUCUUCGUGAUUUAUCAAAAUGUGUGCAAGGUGUGUUACAAGCUAAUUUACAAGUGAUUCAUACAAAAGAACAGAUUUUUAAUUUGUUUUGUCAUGAAGCCACCCGAAUCUUUCACGACCGUCUUACUGAUGACAAAGAUCGCAUGUACUUCCAUACUAUGAUGGCAGAUAUGGCCAGCAAGCAUUUUGGAGAGAUAGUAGCAGCUGAAGACUUAAUGAAAACGCCCAUCAUUUUUGGUGACUACCUCCGUAUAGGGAUUCCACUUGCACAACGUGUUUAUAAACAAGUAGUAGACAUGGAAAAAUUGAAAAAUAUUUUGAUACAGUAUCUAGAUGACUUCAAUUUACAAUCUCCCAAAGAAAUGAAGUUGGUCUUUUUCACUGAUGCAAUUUCCCAUAUUUCUCGUAUUAUUCGGAUUAUCAGACAGAACCGAGGCAAUGCUUUACUUGUAGGUGUUGGUGGUGUUGGCAAGCAAUCUCUGACCAAGUUGGCUGCCCAUAUUUGUGGUUAUCAGUGUUUUCAGAUUGAACUUAGGCGUGGCUAUGAUUAUGUGGCUUUCCGUGAUGAUUUGAAAAAGUUAUAUGAGCUGGCUGGGUGCAAAAGUGAAAACAUUGUCUUCUUAUUUAACGAUACCCAGAUUGUGAUGGAAGAAUUUCUGGAGGACAUAAAUAAUAUGUUAAAUUCUGGAGAAGUUCCAAACCUUCUGGAAGCAGAAGAUAAUGAAAAACUGAUUAACGCCUGUCGACCCGCUGCCAAAGACGUUGGUAUUCCAGAACAGAACAGAGAUUUAGUACUUAACUAUGCUAUUAAUUUAGUCCGGAAAAACCUCCAUAUUGUACUCUGCAUGAGUCCGGUCGGAACAGCUUUUAGAUCACGAUGCCGCAUGUUUCCAUCUCUAGUGAACUGUUGCUCCAUUGACUGGUUCACUGAAUGGCCUGAAGAAGCUUUAUAUUCUGUGGCUGAACUUUUUUUCGAAGAGGCAGAUUCAUCUGUACAAAGCAUGAGUGCGCAACUUGCUUCUGUUUGCGUGACCAUGCAUAUUAGUACAAGGAAAAUAUCUGAAGACUUCUAUAAUGCCUUGAAACGCCGUUACUAUAUUACACCCACCAGCUACUUGGAGCUUAUUAAUCUCUACGAAACUAUGCUGACUUCCAAAAGCAAGGAAGUAAGGCAAAGACUUAAGCAAGUUCAAAAUGGUUUGGAUAAAAUUCAAGAAACAAAUGAUCUGGUCGACAGAAUGAAGAAAGAACUAGUGGCACUUGAACCAGAGUUAAAAGAGAAAUCUGCAAACACUAUAGCACUACUUGAAAACUUGGUUGUUGAUCAAGAUGCAGCAGAUAAAGUAAAAAAAGAUGUAAUGGUGAAUGAAGCGAUUGCGAAACAGAAAGCUGAUGAAACAGAAGCAGUUGCUAUGGAUGCCCAGCAAGAUUUGGACGAAGCAUUGCCAGCACUUGAAGGGGCCAUACAAGCUUUAGAUGCUCUUGACAAAAGUGACAUUGCUGAAAUACGUGUCUUCUCUAAUCCUCCUGAACUUGUCAGAACAGUAAUGGAAGCAGUAUGCAUACUUCUGCAUCAAAAGACUGACUGGCAGUCUGCUAAAAGUGUGUUAGCUGACCAAAACUUUUUGAAAACCCUCCGUAGUUAUGACAAGGAUCAUAUACCCGAUCCUUUAUUGAGAAAACUCAAAGUCUAUAUUGAUAACCCAAAAUUCUUUCCUGAGAUUGUUGAGAAUGUCUCCAAGGCUUGUAAAUCAUUGUGUAUGUGGGUGAGAGCUAUUAACUUGUAUGCAUACGUUUUUCGAGCAGUCCAACCCAAACAGCAACGGCUUGCAAAAGCAAAAGAAGAGCUUGCUACUGUUAUGAGUAACCUGAGAGUACACCAGGAUGCUUUGGCUAAAGUUGUGGCACAAAUUGCUGCUCUGCAGAAAACAUAUGAUGAAAGUGUAGACGAGAAAGAAAGGCUUGAAUGUAAGAUCACCCAGACAGCUGUCAGAUUGAAACGAGCAACCAAAUUAACCAAAGCUCUUGCAGAUAAGCAUGAAAAAUGGAAAGAAACAGUCGUAGAAUUUGAUCAGCUGUUGGGCCACAUUGCUGGUGAUGUUUUGAUUUCUGCUGGCAGUGUUGCUUAUACUGGUGCUUUCACAAAUGAUUACCGCCACGAGCUCAUUACAAUCUGGAUUGAGAAAUGUUCUGAAGUUGAAAUUCCUAUUUCAACUGAUUUUUCACUGGUUAAUACACUCUCAAAUUCUUACCAAAUUCGUGAGUGGAACUCUGAUGGGCUACCAAGAGAUGAGGUCUCCAUUGACAAUGCAGUAAUUGUUAUCUACAGCCAGCGUUGGCCUUUAAUGAUUGAUCCACAAGAACAAGCUAACAUGUGGAUUAAGAAAAAAGAAGCUAAAUAUAACCUUAGUGUAAUAAAACCUUCUGAUACCAAUCUUAUGAGAACUCUUGAAAAUUGCAUACGGAUCGGUAGGCCUGUUUUACUGGAAGAUGUUGGCGAGGUUUUAGAACCGUCCCUGGAGCCUAUCCUGUGUAAACAAACUUAUUACAAGUCUGGUCGUCAGAUGAUACGUCUUGGAGACACUGAACUUGAAUAUAGUCAAGAAUUUAAACUAUUCAUGACAACGAAACUACCCAAUCCUCAUUAUCUUCCUGAAAUUUGUAUUAAAGUUACAAUUGUUAACUUCACUGUCACACGGACAGGGCUUGGAGACCAAGUUCUUAGCGAAGUAGUUCAAUUGGAGAAACCACAACUUGAAGAACAGCGCAACCAAUUAAUCACCCAUAUAAACCGAGACAAAAUUCAGCUGAAGUCCAUUGAAGAACGAAUCCUCCAAUUGUUAUUCCAUUCAAAGGGUAACAUUCUUGACAAUGAGGACCUUAUUAACACACUAAAUGAAUCCAAGGUGACAUCUGAUGUAAUCAACCAGCGUCUGAUUGAGGCCGAACAAACUGAAACUAGCAUUUCUACAGCUCGAGAGAAAUACCGACCAGUUGCUGUUCAAGGUUCAAUCAUAUAUUUUGCAGUGGCAGAUAUGGCAAUUCUUGAUCCAAUGUAUCAAUUCUCUUUGAAAUAUUUCAAACAGUUAUUUAAUAUGACUAUUGAACAAAGCGAAAAAUCUGAAAAUCUUGAGACACGAUUGAUGAUAUUGUUACGUGAGAUAACUGAAUUUAUAUACAAAAAUGUCUCCAGAGCACUGUUUGAAGAACAUAAAUUGGUAUUUUCAUUUUUACUUUGUGCAAUGAUAAUGAAAGAGAAAAACGAUGUCUUGCCUGAAGAAUGGAAUUAUUUUCUGCGUGGCGCUGGGGGAUUAGAUGAGGAAUACCCAGAGAAACCUGAUAUUACAGGUCUAACUCAACAUGCAUGGCAAGCAGCUUGCGAUUUAAGUAGAUGUGUGCCCUCAUUUGCAAACCUAAAAGAAGAAAUAGCAUUGCAAAACCUCCAAGUUCAAAUAGGAAAUGUUGUGGUAAAUUCACUUCAGGGUGUAGAGGAUCUUGAAUGUGUUGAGUUUAAUGAGUUUAAUAAGCGGUUAACUCCUUUCCAGAAACUAAUCUUCAUAAAAACAUUCCAAGAAGAGAAGACUAUAUUAGCAAUUACUAAUUUCGUUUGUGAAAAUCUUGGUCAAGUCUAUAUUGAAAGUCCAGCUCUCAGCUUGCCAGACUUAUAUAAUGACAUGAGAAAGAACAUUCCACUGAUAUUUAUUCUAAGUUCUGGUUCAGAUCCUAUGGGGGCAUUUCUCAAAUUUGCUAAAGACAAAGAAUACUUGAGCCGAUUACAGGCAAUAUCUCUUGGACAAGGACAAGGUCCGAUUGCACAGGCAAUGAUUAAAGAUGCUACAACGUUAGGUAACUGGGUGUUUUUACAGAACUGCCACUUAGCUCAAUCAUGGAUGCCAUCUAUGGAAAAUAUUAUCAGGAAUUUGGUAGAAUCUCCUGAUGAAAUUCAUGAUGAUUUUCGUUUGUUCUUGAGUUCGAUGCCAGCAAAACAUUUUCCCAUCAGUGUCCUUCAGAACAGCAUAAAAGUAACUAAUGAACCACCGAAAGGUCUCAGAGCAAAUCUAAAAAGAACAAUUGGCACUAUCACAACCGCUUUCUUUGAAGAACACAUUUUAACACGAGGCUGGUGUAAAUUAGUGUUUGGAAUUUGCUUUUUCCAUGCUAUUGUACAAGAAAGAAAAAAAUUUGGACCUCUUGGAUGGAACAUUAGGUAUGAUUUUGCUGACAGUGACCGAGAAUGCGCCUUGUUGAAUUUCCAAUUAUUUUGUAUUAAAGAUAUUCCAUGGGACACACUUUCAUAUAUCACUGGAGAGAUUACUUAUGGGGGUCGUAUAACAGAUAACUGGGAUCAGAGAUGUUUGAGGACCAUAUUGAAAACUUUUCUUCAUCCUACAAUUCUUGAUGAAAGCUACACUUAUUCACCAUCGAGACGAUAUUUUGCUCCUCCAUGCGACACCAUUCCUGACGUCCUCCAAUAUAUUGACACACUGCCUCAUACAGAUGAACCAGAAAUAUUUGGCAUGAAUGAGAAUGCCAAUGUAACCUUUCAUAGACAAGAAACAUUUAAUUUGGUCAGUGCUGUUCUUGCCAUGCAACCAAGAGUUGCUGGAGGAGAAAUGAAGUCUGGAGAUUCUAUUGUAUUGGAGUUGAUUGAAAGCAUUGACAAGAAAAUCAUACAGAAACUUGAUAUUGAACAAGCCAGUAAAGCUAUCUUUGAACUUGAUGAGAAAGGAAGGGUGAAUUCAUUAACUACAGUGUUAGGACAAGAAGUUGACCGAUUCAAUAAACUCCUUACAGUUAUAAAGCUUUCCUUGCAUCAACUAAAACAAGCUAUACAUGGUACCGUGGUAAUGAACUUGCAGCUGGAAUCAAUGUAUGAAUCCUUCUUAAAUAAUCAAGUUCCCCAAAAUUGGUCCAGCUUUGCUUAUCCCUCUUUGAAGUCAUUAGCUAGUUGGGUAGUGGAUCUUGUUUUGAGAUGUUCAUUUAUAGACUUCUGGAUAAAGAUGGGACAACCCUUUUCUUUCUGGUUACCUGGAUUUUUUUUCCCUCAAGGUUUUCUAACUGGAGUUUUACAGAACUACGCACGUAAAUACAAUCUAGCUAUCGACCGACUUAAUUUUAACUUUACUAUAUUACCACAAUAUCGUCAUCAAAAAGAUUACAUCCAAGCUCUCACAACGAUGACAUUUGGAGAAGAACUAGACAUUGAUAAGGAAAUUGGGAAAAUAAAAGAUGGUGUUUUGGUGCAUGGACUCUUCAUGGAUGGAUUUGGUUGGGACAUUAAUAGCAUGAUGUUAGCAGAUUCCAAGCCAGGUGAAAUGACUGCUUCAUUACCAAUGAUGCACCUGGAGCCUUCGCCUAAUGUUGAAAUUUUAGAGUCAGACUAUACCAGUCCAUUGUAUAAAACUGCUCAACGUGCAGGAGUGCUAUCCACAACAGGUCAUUCAACCAAUUUUGUGUUUGCUGUUCAAUUGCCGUCAAAUCAACCACAGGAUUAUUGGAUUGCCAAAGGAGCUGCACUAAUAUGCCAACUUUCAGAUUAAUUCACUGUUGUAUAAAAAA